AUGGAUGUGUUCAUGAAAGGACUUUCCAAGGCCAAGGAAGGAGUUGUGGCUGCUGCUGAAAAAACCAAGCAGGGUGUGGCAGAAGCAGCAGGAAAGACAAAAGAGGGAGUCCUCUAUGUAGGUUCCAAAACUAAGGAGGGAGUGGUUCAUGGAGUGACCACAGUGGCUGAGAAGACCAAAGAGCAAGUGACAAAUGUUGGAGGGGCAGUGGUGACUGGUGUGACAGCAGUUGCCCAGAAGACAGUGGAGGGAGCAGGGAACAUUGCUGCUGCCACUGGUUUCGUCAAGAAGGACCAGCUGGGCAAGGGUGAAGAAGGGUACCCACAAGAAGGAAUUCUGGAAGACAUGCCUGUGGAUCCUGGCAGUGAGGCUUAUGAAAUGCCUUCAGAGGAAGGAUACCAAGACUAUGAGCCUGAGGCCUAA